CUACCAUGAUAGGAGAUGUAACCCCGAUCGUUCCUCAGGUCCAUCAUUGGUUUUGAGUGUUAUCACUGUGGCACCAAAUAUGUUCCAAUCAACAAUGUCACUGAUGACGUCAGAAAAGGGUAAAAUCUCACAAAUCAGCAUUUUCAUUAUGACUAAUCAUUUCAUUGUUGUACUCAGGGCGUUUUUUUUUCUCUCUCUCUCUCUUUAUAUUCACUUUGCAUAUUUUCCGUUGUUAUUGGAACUUAUUUGAUCAGAAUAAUGAAUUGUAUCGGCUACUUGACUGGGUGGUUUGGGAUUACUGGUACUGAGGGACAUAUGGGCUUUUUAUGGCGUAUGUAUCAGAGCACGAUCUCAAACUCUUUCCGAAACACUUGGUUAUAUAAAAGUCUGACAAGAUUAUUUUAGAGGUACAUUUCUUCUUGUCYUCAUGAGUCUCAGCCCGUUGAUAUUUCUCUGUCUCGGUCUUUACCUCCCAGUGUGGAAUGCGCUGAAGGUCACCCAGCCGUACCGUGUGGUCGGUUUUCGUGGUGAGGUGGAGCUGUUCUGCUCCUACCACCACACAGGGAGACAUGAACCGGAGGAGCUAKGGGUCACUCUGUACCAGGGGAUGUACAGGGAGGAGAAGCAGGAGGUGUGCACCACCUUCUUCACCCACAACCAGACAUCCUUCCAGGUGGAGGGAGUGAGGGAGGUGCGUUGUCGGGGCCAGUUAGGGCCAGGCAGGGUGAACCUGACUAUUUCUGGUCUCCGGGGUAACGACACUGACCUGUACUACUGUGGCAUAGAGGUGAUGUACCCUCCGCCAUACCUCAGGACGUUUGGAAAUGGUACUCUCCUCUACAUACCAGAGGAACCAGGCUGCUCCUUGCCAGAGGCCCAGAGAAGAAGUGAUAUGGGAGAAACAUCAGUCAGACUAGCUCUAGCAGGACUGGUCGCAGCCAGCAUACUAAUGGUCAUCUCUGUUAUCGCUUUUCUUCUUUACCAGGUUCUACAGAGGAAAAGAAGGUUUGGAGGAAUAACACCGAUGAUUUCACAGAAUGACGGAAGAUUUGGUUAUGGAAACUUCCAAUGAAGAAUGUUCAUCAAUUGUCUGCAUCACCUCCAAUUCCCCAUAUAUUGUUUUGCAAAUAUAUAUACAUACAUACACAUAUAAAUACAUACAUACAACAUGAUCAUUACACAGGUGCACCUUGU